ACUACAGUGAGAGGCUGCGUAGAAGGAGACAAGUUGUCUCUGGAGCCCAAGGGUCGAAGUCUGAACCCAGGACAACAGGGGCGUUACAAUAUCCAACCUGAGCCUAGGGGGGUGGGGGAAAUCAGUGUCUAGUCUGACCCCUGAGGAGGGGGGUGUGAGGGAAAGAGGGGGUUACAGUGUCCAGUCCUCCCCCAGGGUUGGGGAGGGAGAGUUUCAAUAUUCAGUCUAGCCCCAGGGAGAGUGAUGAUGGCAGUGUCACUCUGAAUGCGGAGGGUCUCAGUGAGUGGAGGUUUGGAUGGUGAAGCCGAGCGGUUUAACGAGCAGUCUGCGGGGGCUGUGCCCACAGGCCGAGCUAGGGACCGGUCUUGCCUGUCUUGUUUUGUCUGCCUGAAUGACACCCCGAAAAUCUGGGAGAUGGGAAGCGGCAUCUCAGCGCAGGAGCCCGACCAACUCAGCCCGAGCGAGCAGCCGGAGGGACAGCACACCGAGAGAGUGGACGGAGGGCCUGCUCAGGAGAACGGCCAGAUUUCCGGAAUCCAUAGUAAAUCAGAAGAUCAAGAGCCGCUUGACAGAAAAGUGGAGCAUCUCAAUGGGGUCCAGGAGGAAGCUGCUCGUGAAGUUGAACCGUCUGUCAAAACCCAAGAGGAGAAACUAAUCGAAAUGGACUUGGAGAAAAAGGAGACUCCCACUCAAACCAAAGAUGAGGAGCCAAGAGAUUCCCAGGAAGACGCAGAUCCUCCCGUUGAAAUUGGAGAGGAAGCACAAGCUGGUGAGGUUGGCUUCAAGAAGGUCUUCAAAUUUGUGGGCUGCACGUUCACAGUGAAGAAAGAGAACCCUGACAAGCUGGAACCAGUGCAGUUGCUGACUGUGAAAAAGGAUGAAGCAAGUGAGACAGACGGCGAAUCUAAGCAAGAAACGGGAGGAAUGACAAAUGGUGAUUUGAGUCUUGCUGCUCGUGAGGCAGAGGAGAGUCCACCUGAGGUCCUCACCCCUGGAGAAAUGGAAGAGUCCACCAGUCAGGUGGAACCAAAACCCACUGUUGCCGAGAAGCCAGUGGAGUCUGCCAUUACUCCGGUCGAGAACCCUACUGUGGAUUCCCCCUUGAAGAGAUUUUUUUGGCAAGGCUUUUUCUCAGUGUUACAAAGGAAGCCAAGCUUCAAGAAGGCUGAAGAUGAACCCCUGGUCAUUGGGGUGAAGCCGGAGGUAAAUGGAGAGCAGAAGGAAAAUGAGGAGCAAGUCAUUGCUGCUGGAGAUGUUAAUGGUGAGGAACGUGACCAAGGACCUUCGAAGGGGCCUUCCACGUCACAAGAUGAUGCUGAAAUCUUGGAGGUUGGCCCAGUGAAAGAAAAAGAGCGAGAUGACGAUUUUGAGGACCUCUCAGUGGAACUGGCCAAAGUCAGAGAGGCUGAAGAAGGAUUGAUUUUGGACUCCAGGAAGAAGAUUGGGGAGGACAGCGUGUCCACAGAAGACCAUGGGCAAUGUGGCCCCAAAAUGAAGAUGACUGUCCCAGCCUUGGAGAUGGAUCAGGCGACCCAGCUGACUGUGCAAAGCCAGUUGGCUCAGAGACCGGUGAAGCCAGAAUCUGCUGCUGUCGAAGCUUCGGCAGGGCUUAAAACAGAACAGACCGACAUAGACGUGGAUCAAACACCGGGCAAGGUCCAGGAGCCUGUACUGGGAGAGGCGGAACUCUUGUCAUCCCAGGAAAAGGCCAAGCUGCAGGGCAGCCCCUUGAAGAAACUCUUCACCAGUAGCAGCACCAAAAAGUACUCUGGGAAGAAACGAAAACGUGGCAAGAGAAAGGCCGAACUGAGAGAUGAUGAUGAGACACGACUUCAGUCAUCCACUGAAUCUGAGGGCAGUCCAGAUGGCCAGAAGAUGGACAUCCCUCCUUUAACAUCCCCUGAGGAAACGGGUGAGGCAGUCUCUGCCGAGAUACCAGAUGCUUCCAAUCCUGAGGUAGAGACAAUAAACGAAGCCAGCGAUGGCGAGAGGAAGAAAGAGAACAUUACCGCAUGGGCGUCAUUUAAGAAGUUAGUGACGUCAAAAAAGCGUCCCAAAGUACAAUCUGAGAGUGACCGAGAAGAUGAGCAGACUGAUAAAGCGAAGGGAGCAACCGUCUCCUCUAGUGAGUGUGAGAGCGCUGCCCCGGCUGAUAAGCCAGAAAAACCAAACCCAAACACUGAGGACCUGAGUUUGGAGCGGAGUACUGAGGAUCCCAAAAAGAAAGCGGAUGCCCCUGUAACCUGGGAGGCGUUGAUCUGCGUGGGUUCCUCCAAGAAGAGAACAAAAAAGUCCAACUUGAAACCCCCACAACCAGAUGCGGAGGCCCAAAGAUCACCCGAGGGGGCCAUCCUAGUGCCGGACAGUGCUGAGGAACUGAAAGCUAGUGUUCCACAGGAUACGGAUCAGGAGCAAGGCACAGCAUCUCCAGAAGGUACCGUCAGCAGUCCAGUGGAGGGGGAUGUAUCUGACGGUGCUGUCUCCGUGUGGGAAUCCUUUAAGAGGUUGGUGACUUCAAGCCGCAAGUCCAAAUUCAAGAUGGAAGACCGUGCAGACGACUCUGUUGUUGCAGCCGAAGCUGCUGUUCCUGAGACCGAACAGGCCAAGGAGGAGUCCUGGAUGUCUCUGAGAAAACUGAUCCCAGGCCGAAGAAAGAAGAGGUCUGAUGCCAGAGCUGACCAGCCUGUGGUGGAGGAUGUUGGAAAAGAGACCACAGAGGCAGAGUUGGGAGCGAGCAAGGGUGAAGAGCCAGACACACCAGCAGUGGUUCCCCUUUCUGAAUAUGAUGCUGUCGAAGAAGAGAGAGCGUUUAAGGAGCAGCAGGAAACAGUCAGAACAAAUGCACUUCCCGAGGGGGAAAUUAUAACCAAGUCGGGAGCACCAGCUGAAGGUGGGGAACCAAGGGUCGAGCAAGCCAUUACCAUGAACCAGGAAGCUGUAGAAACGAUCAAAAGCAGCGUUGAUGAGAGAUCACCAUCGUGGAUAUCAACCGCAGUCCCGGACGUCAUUGAGAAGAGGGUUGAAGAUGAAGGAAAAGUAGUCGAAGAAAUUGUGACAGAAGGGGAACAGUUGGAGCGUGGCAAUGCAGCCUCACCAGCAGAAAUAACCAAAACAAUCUGUCACGAUGAGAUUGGCAUCGAGGCAGAGGAGAUUACCUGUGAGGUCGUCGUGGCACCAGAGUACCUGGCUGACAAGUGUGUAACAGAGGAGAUAGCCGAGAUGGUUUCAGCAGUCUUGCAGACCUCUGAGAUCCCAGUGACAACAGCGGAGUGGACCCUUGUGCCAGAAGAUGAGGUUCUGGUAACCAGACAAACACAUGAGGCGCUGCAGGAGGCUGUUGUGGAUGAGAUUGAGGCGGUCCGUGAAGAGACCCUGGUGGCCGCCCACCCUGUUGUGGAUCAGAUUGAGGCGGUCCGUGAAGAGACUCUGGUGGCCGCCCACCCUGUUGUGGAUCAGAUUGAGGCGGUCCGUGAAGAGACCCUGGUGGCCGCCCACCCUGUUGUGGAUGAGAUUGAGGCGGUCCGUGAAGAGACCCUGGUGGCCGCCCACCCUGUUGUGGAUGAGAUUGAGGCGGUCCGUGAAGAGACCCUGGUGGCCGCCCACCCUGUUGUGGAUCAGAUUGAGGCGGUCCGUGAAGAGACUCUGGUGGCCGCCCACCCUGUUGUGGAUCAGAUUGAGGCGGUCCGUGAAGAGACUCUGGUGGCCGCCCACCCUGUUGUGGAUCAGAUUGAGGCGGUCCGUGAAGAGACCCUGGUGGCCGCCCACCCUGUUGUGGAUGAGAUUGAGGCGGUCCGUGAAGAGACUCUGGCCGCCCACCCUGUUGUGGAGGAGAUUGAGGCGGUCCGUGAAGAGACCCUGGUGGCCGCCCACCCUGUUGUGGAGGAGAUUGAGGCGGUCCGUGAAGAGACCCUGGUGGCCGCCCACCCUGUUGUGGAGGAGAUUGAGGCGGUCCGUGAAGAGACCCUGGUGGCCGCUCACCCUAUUGUGGAUGAGACUGAGGCGGCCCACAAAGAGACUCUGGUUGCUGCCCAUGCUGUUGUGGAUGAGACAGUGGUGGCCCAUGAAGAGACCCUGGUGGCCACCCACCCUGUUGUGGAUGAGACAGUGGUAGUCCGUGAAGAGUCCUUGGUGGCCGCCCACCCUGUUGUGGAUGAGACAGUGGCAGCCCACGAAGAGACCCUGGUGGCCGCCCACCCUGUUGUGGAUGAGACAGUGACAGCCCACGAAGAGACCCUGGUGGCCGCCCAUGCUGUUGUGGAUGAGACAGUGGUGGCCCACGAAGAGACCCUAGUGGCCGCCCACCCUGUUGUAGAUGAGACAGUGGUGGCCCACGAAGAGACUCUGGUGGCUGCCCACCCUGUUGUAGAUGAGACAGUGACAGCCCACGAAGAGACCCUGGUGGCCGCCCAUGCUGUUGUGGAUGAGACAGUGGUGGCCCACGAAGAGACCCUAGUGGCCGCCCACCCUGUUGUAGAUGAGACAGUGGUGGCCCACGAAGAGACUCUGGUGGCUGCCCACCCUGUUGUAGAUGAGACAGUGACAGCCCACGAAGAGACCCUGGUGGCCGCCCAUGCUGUUGUGGAUGAGACAGUGGUGGCCCACGAAGAGACUCUGGUGGACGCCCAUGCUGUUGUGGAUGAGACAGUGGUGGCCCACGAAGAGACCCUGGUGGCCACCCACCCUGUUGUGGAUGAGACAGUGGUGGCCCACGAAGAGACUCUGGUGGCUGCCCACCCUGUUGUAGAUGAGACAGUGGUGGCCCACGAAGAGACCCUGGUGGCCGCCCAUGCUGUUGUGGAUGAGACGGUGGUGGCCCACGAAGAGACCCUAGUGGCCGCCCAUGCUGUUGUGGAUGAGACAGUGGUGGCCCACGAAGAGACCCUGGUGGCCACCCACCCUGUUGUGGAUGAGACUGAGGCAGCCCACGAAGAGACCUUGGUGGCCACCGACGCUGUUGUGGAUGAGACAGUGGUAGUCCGCGAAGAGACCUUGGUGGCCACCCACCCUGUUGUAGAUGAGUCGGUGGUGGCCCACGAAGAGACUCUGGCCGCCCACUCGGUUGUGGAUGAGACUGAGGCGGCCCGCGAAGAGACUCUGGUGACUGCCCGCCUGGGUAUGGACGAGAUGGAGGUGGUCGCCCACGCUGUAGGGGACGAGACAGCAGUGGCCCAUGAAGAGGCUCUGGUGGCUGCUCGCCCAGGUGUGGACAAGACAGAGGUAUCCUGCGCGGAGACCAUGGUCGCCGCCCACCCUGUUGUGGACAAGAUAGAGGCGGCCCGCCAGGAGACUCUGGCCGCCCACCCGGUUGUAGAUGAGAUGGGGGUGGCCUGCGAAGAGAUGGCCGCUUUCUCGGUUGUGGACGAGAGUGGGGUGGCCCACAAAGAGACGACCGCUCACCCGGUUGUGGACGAGGCGAAGACGGUCCGCGAAGUGACUGUGGUGGCAGCCCGCCCAAUUGUGGCCGAGAUAGGGGCGGCCAGUGGAGAGUUUGUGGUGGCUACCAGCCCGGGUAUGGAAGAGACUGAGGCAGCCUGCAAAGAGACUGUGGUGGCCGCCAGCCUAGGUAUGGAAGACACUGAGGCAGCCCGCAAAGAGACUGUAGUGGCCGCCAGCCUGGGUAUGAAAGAGACUGUAGUGGCCGCCAGCCUGGGUAUGGAAGAGACUGAGGCAGCCCGCAAAGAGACUGUGGUGGCCGCCAGCCCGGGUAUGGAAGAGACUGAGGCAGUCCGCAAAGAGACUGUGGUGGCCGCCAGCCCGGGUAUGGAAGAGACUGAGGCAGCCCUCAAAGAGACUGUGGUGGCUGCCAACCCGGUUCUGGUCGAGACGGGAGCAGCCCACGAAGAGACUGCGGUGGCCGCCCGCCCGGUUCUGGUCGAGAUGGGAGCGGCCCACAAAGAGACUGCGGUGGCCGCCCGCCCGGUUCUGGUCGAGAUGGGAGCGGCCCACAAAGAGACUGCAGUGGCCGCCCGCCCAGUUGUGGAUGAGACGGAGACGGCCCACGAAGAGACUGUGGUGGUUGACCGCCCGGUUGUGGACGAGACGGGGGCGGCCCAUGAAGUGACUCCGGUGGCCGCCCGCCCUGUGGUGGCUGAGACGGGGGCAGUCUGUGAAGAGACUCCGGUGGCCUCCCGCCCGGUUGUGGAAGUGACGGGGAUGGCCCACGAAGUGGCUCUGGUGGCCGCCUGCCCGGUUCUGGAAAAGAUGGGGGCGGCCCGUGUAGGGUCGCUGGCCUCCCGCCCGGUUGUGGAAGUGACGGCGGCCUGCGAAGAGACUCUGGUGGCUGCUCGCCCAGAUAUGGACGAGACGGGGGCGGUCCGCGAAGAGACAGUGGCCACCCUCCCGGUUGUGCCCGAGAUGGGGACAGCCCGCGAAGAGACUGUGAUGGCCACCCAUCCAGUUGUGCACGAGACUGGGGUGGCCUGCGAAGGGACAGUAGUGGUCGCUUGCCCGGUUAUGGAUGAGACGGGGGCGGCCUGCAAAGAGACUGUGGUGGCCGCCCGCCCAGUUGUGGAUGAGACGGGGGCGGCCCGUGAAGUGACUCUGGUGGCCUCCCACCCGGUUGAGGAAGUGAUAGGGGCGGCCUGCGAAGAGACUCUGAUGGCCGCCCGCCCAGUUGUGGAUGAGACGGGGGCGGCCCGUGAAGUGACUCUGGUGGCCUCCCACCCGGUUGAGGAAGUGAUAGGGGCGGCCUGCGAAGAGACUCUGAUGGCCACCUGCCCGGUUGUGGAUGAGAUGGGGGUGGCCAGCAAAGAGACUCUGGUGGUCACCUGCCUGAUUCCGCAGGAUACAGAUCAGGAGCAAGACACAGCGUCUCCGGAAGGUACCGUCAGCAGUCCAGUGGAGAGGGAUGUAUCUGACGGCGCUGUCUCCGUGUGGGAACCAUUUAAGAGAGCUCCGAACAACAGACACUCGUGAAAUAGAAUGUGAAGACACAAUGCUACUGUGACAAGACCAAGUACCACUGUUGAUUGACAAUCCCGAAUCCAUUCGCGAGCUAUAUCUACACAGGCAUUUAAUAAUUUCUUGCUUUUAGCCUGAUGAUAAACACAAUGGUGUCUGAAAAUUGAAGGGGUAUUUGCUCAAAAAUCUGGCGAUGCAUCUUUGUAUCAUCAGUUUGUUACAUUUAGGAUAUUCUUAGAAUUAAACUUGUUGAUUAAAAAGCUGUCUCUUUUUCAUUUAAUUUGGAUUUUGAUAACUGAGUUAAUGUUGGUGUUCUUAAUGUUUGAUAAAGGACUACAGUGUUGACCGCUUAAACCUAGGACAACCCGCGAGUGAAAUAGGUCCAUAGAAAUGACAGGUAUAGCAAGCUAAACUUUAAUGAUAUUUCAUGAUUUGAUUUGCCUGAACAAAGCUCACUAAGAUCAUUUAGAAUUUAGAAGUGCAUUCAAGGUUCUGGCAAAGCUUAUCUCAAUUCUAAGGAAUAACUUCAGAUUUGAAGUCCUCCUAAUGGAGUAAAGCUAACUUUAGUGCAUUGUGCAAGGUUGAACCAUGCAAAAUUGGCCAUACUGACAUCCUUGAACUGUUGCAUAUGUUCCAAAGGAUAAAAUGUGACCAUCAUUCAUAAAACAGAAAAGUACAGCACAGAACAGGCCAUUUGGCCCAUGCUAUUGUGCUGAGAUUCAUUUAAUUCCUUUAGACUGUUGGGUGACUGGAUCCACAUUGCUAAAAUUGAAGCCUUUAAUGAAAGUGCAUUAAAUUGGGUUACUAGUCAAGGUUUGUUUGGACUUUCAUAAUGAUCUCCAAGAUGUGCCUUGCUAUUGCAUACAAUUAAUGCUCACAUGCCAUUAAUGUUCCUGUCUAAAUGUUUCUUUUUGGCAAAUUUGUGACUGACCUCCUCAUUCCAUCUCAAUAUUUUUCUCACUAAACUCCAGCAUUAAAACAUUGUUUUAAUGCUGAUUAUUCAGGUUACCUGUUCAGCAUAUUUCCUCCCUUAUCCAAUUAAUAAACCAACACCCUAGCCUUGUAACACUGCCACUGUACAGUAAAUGAUCAGGUUAAAAAUGGUAACUACUGUCUACUUGUGUACUGCAUGAAUUUAAGAUUAGAUUAGAUUCCCUACAGUAUGAAAACAGGCCCUUCAACCCAACAAGUCUACACUGACCCUCUGAAGGGUAACCCACCAAGAUCCAUUUUCCCUCUGACUAAUGCACCUAACACUUAUGGGCAAUUUAGCAUGGCCAAUUCACCAGACCUGCACAGUUUUGGACUGUGGAAGGAAAUCCAUGCAGACGCUGGGAGAAUGUGCAAACUCCCACAGACAGUUAGUCGAGGGUGGAAUCGAGCUCAGGUCCCUGGCGCUGUGAGGCAAUGAUGCUAACCACUGAGCUACCGUGCUGCCUUGAGCAGAAUCUAUGACAGAGACUGAUGCUGCUCUUACUAACGCUGCUGUGCUUUUAUAACUGAAUGUGAAAUUGACAUUUGUAUAAAUUGUAUUUGCUGUGUAUUUAAGCCAUAUUGGAAUAACUAAAAAACUAUGAAUAAAGUAAUA